GCCUUCUGUUGCCGCUGCUGCCAUUUCUGUUCCCUUCUCAGUCGAUCGAGUACAGCCGGUGCAGCUUCAGGACACACACAUCCUUGUUUAUGAUUGCAGCAGCUACACUCUGAAUUAUAUUCUACAGCAGCCAUGAUCAGAUGUUUAGUGAAAGCCACCGGAGACGUGUCCAGACACCUGAGUCAACAUCUGAGAACGUCAGAGAGAUCGUUGUGUACCAAAGCCACAGGAAACAAUGGGCUGACCAAACCUCAGUCUGCCGGACAAAGCUCAGCUUUCAACUUCAAAGGACUAAAUCCAUCUUCAUUCGAUAAAAAAAUCUUGCUGUGGGCUGGGCGCUUCAAAAAGGAAGAAGAAAUACCUGAAAUAAUCUCCCAUGAGAUAUUGCAUUCUGCAAGAAAUAAAAUAAGAAUCAAGAUUGCCUAUGGAAUGAUAGGCCUUUUAAUAGCUGCAUGUGUGGCCAUGAUCAUAUCAGGAAAAAAUGCGGCGAGGCGGGAUGAAUCUGUGACCAAAUGGAAUCUGGAUAAAAAGGCAAUCUGGAAGGAAGAGUCCCAAAAAGACCAACUGAAAGCAAAAGAAUAAAUCCUCAUUCCAAAGCAACACUAUCUAUGUAUUAUAAAAUGCUCUACAACUCAGGAAUUAUUAUUGCUUUAUGAUUAAAAUGAUGUACCUUCUACCAGAAAUAUAUGAUACAAACCAAAAAUGCCUUUGUUGUAUAUAUUGCUCCAUUCAGGUGCCCUGUUAAAAUGCCAAAAGUAGUUGUUGUCAUUAAAUAGAACCAAGUGCAUGUUAUCUAGUCAUAUAAAUCUAUUAAUUUAUAGUAUUAGACAGGCACUAAAAUUGUGCUCAAAAAAAGAAUAGACUGUGAAAUUGGUCUGCACCAAAAAAAUGAGGUAAAUCACUCUGUUAUUUUGAAAUUCUUUAACUUGUUUCAUUCAGGGAGUCUUUAUUUCUUAGUAUAGUUUAUUUUUAUCCCAGUGCAGUCUUGUUGCCAGUGCAGCAAGUAAAGAAAGAAACCUCACAUUGGUUGCCAAAUCCCCUUUGACAAACUCAGAUGUCUGAUAGUUAUACCAGAACUCAAUUAUGAUCCCACCCAGAACUGCAUUUCUGUUGUUGUAACAUGGGCAUUAGAAAAUGUCUCAGGGUCACAUUCUUGAUCUUAUUUCAUGUUUACAUUUUCAUCCAGUGGCCCAAAACUCUUGCCUGUGAAUCCAUCAUUUCACUUGAUGUGUAAAAUUGUGAUGGUGGCCCACUGGUUAACACUGGUGACUGACAGAUCUGGUGACCGGGGCUUGAAAUCUAUUUUGUGUUGUUGUCCAUAUGGGGUCUGCACAUUCUCCCCUUGACUGUGUGGCGUUUCCUUCAGGUACUCGUUUCCCUAUCAUGUAGAUGAGGUUAUCUGUCAAAUCUAAAUUGGCCCAGUAUGUGAGUGGUCCCUAUACUGAACUAACACUUCCUUGCGUUCAGUGCUGCACAGAGAGGCUCCUACCCCACAAUCCUGAAUUGGAUUAAGUGCGUUAGGGAAUGUUAUGUAAUAUUUAGUAUACUGAACGUUUGGUGUCUUUCAUUCAAAAUUAUUGAUAGUUGAAUAGAUCAGCAACUGGUAUGUCUUAGCAAUGCUCAUUUCACAACCCUGCUCAAUUCAACUGUGCCUCAGCUGCACUAUAAAAUGUACUGUAGUAUACAAUGGACUUACACAAAGCUGAGCUAAAUAUUAACAGAGUCUACGGACUUUUAUAUGAUGAACAUGUUAUAAAUUAUAACUGGCAGUUGAAUUGCUUCAGUGUUGCUUGAUUGUUUGAUGGCAAUCAUUUUUUAACAAUGUGUAGCUGACAAUAAUAAAAUAUGAAGCAAUUUUUAAAUCAACUAAAGAUGUCUAUCGGUUUUAAAGUUUUGCUUUAUCUUUUGUGUUAUAGGUUAUCAGAUACCAUUGCAAAUAUUUCAAGUUUCAUCAUUUUUAGUUGUCUCAGUGGUUAGCACUGCUGACUCACAGAGCCAGUGUCCAGGGUGCAUGUUCGGCACUAACUUCUGAACUGAGUUUGCAUGUUCUCCCCAUGUCUACACCAGGUGUUCUUCAGAAACUUCAGUUUUCCUUCCACAUUGUGCAGACAUGCAGGUUAGAAUGCUUCAGGGUUCUUAACUGGCUCCAUGCGAGUCUGGAUGUGUGUACGAGUGGGUCCUAUGAAGGGAUGGCACCCCAUGGGUUUGAGAAUGUGAUGUUAUAUUUCAAUAACCUGCGAUCAUUUGGACAUGCGUAGAAUUUAUUGUAGAUCUUAAUGUUUAAUCAUUUAUCAUUUGGGACAUAUUAAACUUAUUUUUGAUUUUUUUUUUACUGUUUAUAUGGAAGAAGAGUCAAUGUCCAUGGUUUACUUUCAAACAAAUGGUACGAUGAGUCCAAACAAAAGUUAUUAUUUAAAAACUAACUGACAGUAAAAAUCUUUCAAGAAAUCAUUAUUUCAUGAGGUAUUUUAUCUAAACUGUGUAUAAUAUAAAAUCCUGUAUAUAAUGUUGAAACUUUGUUUUGUUUUUUUGUUUUUUUUUAUCAGUGAGAUCGUCUUUUCUGUAUAUUUUGUUUUUGUGAACCCUUAAAUGCACCUUAAUUUUCUGCCAUCUUUCGUUGUAACAAUUUAUUUAAUGUAUGUUUUGCUUCUUUUGUGUUGUAUUUUAGUUUUGGUUGUGGUUCUUUCAGUUAUUGAGUGUUCCUUUAAGCAGAUAUUCCAAUCUAUGCUACAGUUUAAAGCCAUUUUAAACCUGGAAUAUAAGUAUUUAUAACUGCAGAUUAAUGUCAUAUGCUAGAUUAAUACAGUAAAUACAUUUUCUAUAUUUUUACAUUUUUUUUUUUUACUUAGAAAUAAAUCUGAGAGUAAACCCUGA